UGUCCUCACAAAGUUUCUAAGGUUCAUUGGAGAACUGAUACAAGCCUGGCAGAACAUGGUGCUGACAGUCUUACUUUUAUCAGCUCAACUCUUGAUGAUGGCGAUGCCAGUGACGACUCACGAAUUGGAAUUCAGACCUAUGGAAAGUGAAUUUCCCAUGAUUGAAACCUCAGGUAUGCUAGUUGAGGGCAGAGUUGUGUCAAUAACUUGCUCCGCUGUCACUCCUGCUGCAAGCCCCCCUCCUGAACUAAACUGGAAUCUCCAACAAGACUCUCAGAACCAAAUAGAGGAAAAUGGGAAUCGAACCUUCACAACUAAAAUCCAAGAGAACGUCACUUUGUUGGAAAAACAUAAUGGAUUCAACAUCACCUGUUUGGCCAGAUACCCUCUGAAUGGAGGGUGCACAGUAACAGCAGUGGGGACUCUGACACUUGAUGUAUUAUACAUUAUGGUUGACAUCAGUCCCUCUGAUCCAGUGUCAGUUGGCAGCAUGGUGAAUCUGACUUGCUCCUGCAGAGGAAACCCUCCUCUUGUCCACUUUGGAUGGAUCAUGAUCACUGAUGGCAGACCAGAACUAAUCAGUGUUAAUACAGCGGUUUACAGCUUCAAAGUGACCAACAGUGAUCGAGGCAGAUUGUACUUUUGUGGAUGUGGAAAUUCAUAUGUUACGAAAUUCUCACUUGGACAUCAGCUGAUGUUUGAAGGUGAUCGACAGUCUGAAGUGGUUGGUGCUCAAGUCAUAGUGAAGAUCCUGGGAAUCAUAAUGCUUGUCGGUGCACUGGUCAUCUUUGUGUGGUGGUUUAGAUCAAGACGCUCCACCAAACCAGUGAAGUUUCAGCAGGAUGCAGCUGAAGCAGACUAUGUCAACAAAGUGGUUGAGAUCCAAGCAUCAUGAGCCAGAAGAUGAGGGGGAAGAUGUCAUGUUAACUCAACAAUAGAAUCAAUCUUAUUUCUUAUUUGCUGUUGCUAUUGUCUUGGUGUGUCAAGUACAAGACAGUGAUUCACUUUUUUUUCUAGGCAGGAAAAUUAAACAGCAUUGUUUUAUUGAAGCUUCGAAAGAUGAACAAGAUGACCCCAGAUUUGGGUUAAGUUAUUUUUAUGUAAAUUCUUAUCAAUGUGAAGUUAUUGUGUUUUUCUGUUGUGUUAAGUUGAAAAAAAUCAGGAUAUGAAAAAAGUAAAUGCAUCUUUUAUUUUAUAAAUUGUCUCAGGUGGGGCUGAUUUAUGGCAGGUUUUCUUUUUGUUUCUUUUAAAAGUCUGGUGUGUAGGAUUUAGUGGCAUGUAGCAGUGAGGUUGCAAAACUGAAACUUCCUCUGUGAGCCAAGCAUGUAGGAGAAGUAUAGUGACCAACACGUGAAUUGCCCUACCUAGAGCCAAUGUUUGGUUUGUCCAUUCUGGGCUGCUGUAGAAACAACAUGGCAAAUUCUGUGACCUGGUCUGCAUGAACAUAUAAACGGCUCAUUCUAAGGUGAUGAAAAUGCAACGAUUCUUAUUUUCAAGUGAUUAUGAACUAAUGAAAUAUAGUUAUGAAUGUUAUAUACCAUUUCUGCUGGGUGCCCCUAAAUCCUACACACUGGACCUUUAAAGAUAAAUCAGCUAUUUCUCUUUACCUCACCAUUUGUUUCCU